AUACGGACACAUUCUUAAGCAAACUCAUCUCACAACAAAAUAUUAAGAAGCAAGAGUGAAAUAUGGCUACUCGCAACAAUAUUUUAGUUUUAUGUUUCUUAAUAGGUUUAGAGUUAUGCUCUGCAAGAAGAUCACUUCUCACCUACUCUGAAUCCGAGGCUGAAGUCGCUUCCUAUGGCGAGAAAAGUAGUUUGAGUGUUGGCGUUGGCGUUGGCGUUGGUGCUGAUGUUGAUGUUGGUAUUGGUCUUGGUGGUGGUGGAGGCGGUGGACAUGGUGGUGGUGCUGGAGGAGGUGGCGGUGGUGGUCCUGGAGGAGGAUCUGGUUAUGGAGGUGGAAGCGGUGAAGGUGGUGGAGCUGGAUACGGAGGUGGAGAAGCUGGUGGGCACGGUGGAGGUGGAGGAAGUGGAGGAGGCGGUGGUGGAGGAGCUGGCGGUGCACAUGGAGGUGGAUACGGUGGUGGAGAAGGCGGUGGUGCUGGAGGAGGAUAUGGAGGUGGAGGGGCAGGUGGACAUGGAGGUGGUGGAGGUGGUGGAAAAGGAGGCGGUGGAGGAGGAGGUUCUGGCGCCGGUGGAGCUCACGGUGGUGGUUACGGUGCCGGAGGUGGAGCUGGAGAGGGAUACGGUGGUGGCAGUGGAGCUGGGGGACAUGGUGGUGGAGGAGGAGGAGGUGGUGGUUCAGGAGGUGGGGGAGGUUAUGCUGCAGCUGGAUCUGGACAUGGUGGCGGUGCUGGUAGCGGAGAAGGCGGUGGUGGAUAUUGACCGUGCAUGAUAUCAUAUCUAUGUGGAGCAUAAGGGCCACUGAGUGAAGUGUCAUAUAAUACUCGUAUAAGAGAUUUUAUAUAUAUAUAUAUAUAUGGUAACAAAUACACUAAUCAUCUGUAAAAUAAGCCGGAAAAAGGGUUAUCGUUGAUGUUUUUAAUUGUACCAAUGUUAUAUACUACAUCAGUACUACUUCGUGUGUAUCAAAUUUUUAUAUAUGGAGAUGAAGAUAAUAUCUUCAAGAUAUCA